AUGGCCAUUGAACGUCUUUUCCCUGUUUGCGUCUUUCAGAACCUGAGCAAGGCCACCUACCGCGUGACGUUCGACACCGAGGCCUACUUCGAGACGGUGGGGUCCCGCUGCUUUUACCCGGAGGUGGCGGUCGUGUUCCGCGUGGAGGAACCCGAGGAGCACUACCACAUCCCCCUCCUUAUCAGCCCCUUUGGCUACUCCACCUACCGAGGGAGCUAGUAGAAAACGUUUGUAUUUUGUAGCCUCUUGUCAUCCCGCCCCACUAUAUGUAAUGGUCGUCGAAGUUUGCCGUUCUCACUGCACCUGUACAGUGGGCGUACGUAUAAAUAAGAGAGUGCGACCAUACCGAUGUUCUGGUACAGCAACGAGCCAGUCCAACCCACAACCGCGCCAUCUCCUUUUAAAGCUGCCUCACCUACUGGCGGUGUGGCCAGAAGGACGACUGCCCCCAGCUGCAAUGGUGGUUUUCACCGCAGCAAGGCGACUUGGUUGGAUCUUGCGAGUCUGGGUUAACACAUGCAUAGUUUCGUGGAGCGUGGAUGUUGUAUAGAAUAAUUUACGGGUUGGACGCGUCUUUUCAUAUAGUAUGUUGCGUCUUUAGCAAGCGGCUUUCUGGUGGCGAAAGCCAUGUAUUCUUCAAUGUUGACUUCGAAGCACGCGCGCCCGUGCAGUUUUUUUGGGGGGGUGGGUUGCCGCUGCUGCACAGCCGAUUUCAAGUCGGAAGCAUUUGAGUGAAAGGUCGUAUUCAGUGGUGUGCGCAGAAUUUGGGUUUGGACGUACGAGUCAUCUACCUGAGGUAGGUUUGGUUUGUACGAUAGCUUGCAAAUACGCUGCCACCCACCCUCUCCUGUUCCUUGAAAAUGUUUUGAUCUUCAGGGUUUGUUUGAUUUUUCCAUGGGCGUGACUGUGUUUUGUUCUGUUUUGGGCAUUUUUUCUAUUUUCAGUUUUGGAGAGGCGAUAGUAUCAGAAAACCAGAGGGAAAUUUUAUUCAGGAUCACAAACUGCAAGACCAAUAAUUAUCAUUUCCGUGCACGUGCAGGCAAUAUAUAUUCGGGGGCUGUUGCCAAAUGCCCCCAGUCAUUGUCUUUUGCUAUUUUUGCUGUGUUGGGCCUGCUGAGCAGUACUGUUCUGGUGCCGGUACACGAGGGUUUACACCGCAAGUGUCUGCCCGGGUACCGGCAUUUCGCGUUCGUCUCUAGCAUGGCUGAUGCGACUUUUCCUUAGCACAUAAGUGGUGGUACUCUGGCAGCCAUCUGAUGCAAAGAGCUACGAUCUUACCAAUGUUCUGGCACAGCGAUGAGCCGGCCCCUCUCGGGUGCUCCACCUAGCUGGAGACGAGCAAGACGUGGCAUUUUUGUGCGCACCUCGCAACCGCGCAAUCUCUUUCUAAGGCUGCCUCGCCUACUGGCGGUGUGGCCAGAAGGACGACUGGCCCAGCUGCAGUGGCGGUCUUCACCGCAGCAGGGCGACUUGUUUGCAUCUUGCGAGUCUGAGUUGAAAUGUGCACAGUGUCGUGGAGCGCGGGUGUUGUAUGGAAUAGUUUACGAGUUGGACGCGUCUUUUGGUUGAUAUACAAAAAAACUUUUCUUUUAAAAUUGUAUAGCUAGCAAGCGGCUUUGUGGUGGCAAAAUUAUUGUUCAAUGUUGGCUUCGAAGCACACGCGCCCUUGCAGGUUUUGGGGGGUGAGUUGUCACG